AUGACGUCCCAUAACAUUGUUGUUCUCGCCGGUGACGGCGUCGGUCCAGAGGUCGUCGCGGAGGCGAUCAAGAUCCUCAAAGUGGUCGAAAAGCACACAGACAACAAAUUCAACUUCCAGGAGCAUCUAUUUGGAGGAUGUUCGAUAGACGUGCACAACAACCCUCUCACAGACGAAGCGCUUGCAGCAGCAAAGUCGGCCGAUGCGAUCAUUCUCGGUGCUGUCGGCGGUCCGAAAUGGGGAACCGGCAAGGUGCGCCCGGAACAAGGUAUCUUGAAGCUGCGAAAGGAACUCGGAACGUUUGGAAACCUACGACCAUGCUUCUUCGCCUCUGACUCGCUCGUCGACUCGUCACCUCUCAAAGCCGAAAACGUCCGUGGUGUAAACUUUAACAUCAUCCGCGAAUUGACCGGCGGCAUAUACUUCGGCGAGAGGAAGGAAGACGAGGGCGAUGGCAAGGCCAUGGAUACAGAGCCUUAUAGCGUCGAAGAGAUUGAGCGCGUCGUACGUUUAGCUGGCAGUCUUGCGUCUGUCGAAAACCCACCAUGCCCGGUAUGGAGUUUGGACAAGGCAAACGUGCUUGCGACAUCGAGAUUAUGGCGGAAAACUUUCGAGCGCAUCAUGAAGGAUGAGUAUCCGCAUCUCAAGUCUGGCACUCAUCUCAUCGAUUCGGCGGCUAUGCUUAUGAUCAAGAACCCAAGAGCGUUAAACGGCGUUGUGGUCACGAGCAAUCUGUUCGGCGACAUCAUCAGUGACGAGGCGAGUGUGAUUCCAGGUAGUCUUGGUCUAUUGCCAAGUGCUAGUUUAGGAGGUAUCCCAGACGGCAAGACCAAGCUCAACGGCAUUUAUGAGCCGAUUCACGGUUCCGCGCCGGACAUCGCCGGCAAGGGCAUUGUCAACCCUAUCGCCACUGUUCUCUCCAUGAGCAUGAUGUUCAAGUACUCUCUGUGUCUGCCGGAAAUUGCGCUAAAGAUCGACGAGGCGACCAAGAUCACUAUCGACAACGGCGUCCGAACGGCCGAUAUCGGUGGAAAGUCGAGCACCAGCGAGGUCGGAGAUGCGAUCGCGGCGGAACUGGAGAAGUUACUCCAGAAGUAGGAUUGUAUAAUGGAAAACCCCAAAAGGAACUACCGUCAGCCUUACAGUUGAGUAGUGUUGUGUUCGACAUGAAUGCCAGUAUUGAUAGU